UGGUGUUAUUGUCUUGUUCAUUACUCAUAUAAUCCCGUGAAAUUCGAUCAGCUGUCUCUACAUCUUCUGCUUCCUUCCCUUAUCACUCCUUCUCUUAACAAACAGCAGUAGUCGCAGCUAACAACACCACCACCACCACCGACAACAUCAACAACAACAGCAAUGUCGUCGACGUCCACUUCUUCGUCGAAUGAUGUCUCAUCUAUCAGCAAUAAUAACCACCACCACCAGCUCUCCCGCCUGCUACACAGCCUCUUCUCCUUCCACAGCAACGUCAUGCUUGCGGCCAUAAUAUCCCUCCUCCUUGUCAUCCUCUUCGUCCUCCUCCUCCACAUCUAUGCCAAGUGGUCGUUCCUUGCCCGCUCCCGUCACCGCUCAUUAGUCCGUCGCCAUCACCGCCAUACCUCCUCCUCCUCCUCCACCCUCCUCUCCCCUGCCCAUUUCCAGACGACCCUCUUUUUUUCGUCGUCCUCCUCCUCCUCUCCUUCCAAGGGCCUCCAACAAUCCAUCAUCUCCUCAAUCCCUCUCUUUGUCCACCAAUGUCUGGACAACGGCAAUCCUGGAGAGCAAGAGCUGUCGGAAUGCGUGAUAUGCCUGAGCGUGUUUGAGGAAAAUGAGGUCGGCCGGGAAUUGCCCAAAUGCGGGCACAGGUUCCACGUGGAGUGCAUUGACAUGUGGUUCCGUUCCCACGCGAACUGCCCUGUCUGCAGGGCUUCGGUGGUCGUGUGUGAGGAGCAGAAGAGCAAGAGCAAAAGCAAGAGGAAGAGCAGCGCUGGUUCAGGUUCAGAUCACAUUAUUGAUGAAGGGGCAGAUGAAACGGCUUCGGAAGAAGGGACAGGGUUGCCCCGAAUGGGCCAGAGUGAUCAGACGAGCUCUGCUCCUACUACGAGUUCAAGGUUGGAAAUUGUGAUCGAAUAUGAAUCAUCCGGUGAUCCGGUCGAUAUUACUAAUAAUAAUGAGCAGUCCAAGGAGCAUGACGCAUCAUCAUCAGCAUCAUCGUGGUCGUCUUCUUCGAUCCUAGGGAGUUCGUUGAAGAGGAUGCUGAGCAGAGGCAGCAGCAGAUCAGAGAACAAUAACAUUCAUCCAUCUCUCAUCAGUUAAUAAUGAUUGCAAGAGCCAUGGCCCUCCUUGUAACCAAAAAAUAAUUAUUUUAGUCGAGUGAUUGAUAAUGAAAUCUGAUCAGAAUGCAUGUAAUGCCAGAGUCUUAUUAAGUUACGAUAUAGAAACUGGUUACUUUUUUUUCCC